AUGAAAGACUGUUGCGUUCAGAGUAGACGAGCCGAGGGCGGAUGUUGCCUUCCAGUCACGGCAGGUCAGACAGAUUACGGACUGGUUACGCAUCAAGUAGUCACCAAGCGGUUCAGUUUCGCGCCUAAUUCCAGGCCCAAGGUGAGAGAAUGUAAGAGAGGAGAGCAUGCAUAUUCAGAUCUUAUUAUCCCAUCCUGCCUGCAUGCAUGCGUACUUCAUCGGAAUAUCUGUCCGCCCGUGGGUACUCCGGAGUAG